CGUAACCGAUCCGAUGAACCCGACGACCGGCGAUUACGUCGAACGAUGAUCCAACUAAAAUCCUUUGACUCGUGAGAAGGAACAGUAAAAUUUUGGGAAUAGGACACAUCCGUUGAAAACCGACGACGGAACACGACCGUCGGGCCAGAGCGUCGCGAAGUCGUCGACUGUCUCGAAAACGAAUCGACGGUCGCGCGGUCUCGCUGUCUUGGCCAGUGGGAACAUGAAAUCGAAACUCGACCGUUUCUCCGCCGUCGACAACAACCGCAAAAUUCGUCCGCGUGUCGCAGGCAUAUCGGAACUCGGUCACCGUUCGUCGUGCCGCCAUCGGCGCCGGGAUAACAGCCGACGAUAAUGAGCCAGUCAACGGCACCGCUUCAUCCAUCAGAGAAUACGGGAGUUGCGAGCAGCACAGAGAAAAUUGCAAUGUCAACUACGGGAAAUAAGGGCAUCGGAACUGCUCAAAGGAACAAGGCUUCGACAAAUCCGAUACCUCGCAAUACGACUCACAAGGAAAUAACAGAUAACACGACAGACGAUGCUUCGAGUAGCACUAGAUCGCAGAACAAUUCCGCUCGUCGUUCACCCGUAAAACCCCAACCGGCGGUCAGCCCCACUGCGCACAGGAGGCCGUCAUCAUCGACGUCUGCCGCUUCAUCUGCAAUGAAAUUCGAGAAGCAAUAUCUCAUGAAAAAGAAUCGGUUCCAACUGCUGAGGAAAGAUCUGAUAGAUAAACAGAAACUGGCUCAAAACCUGUACAACGAGUUAUCGCAGCUUCGCGAAAAGGUGAUCGCCAGUGGUACAAAGGACCCAGGGAAAUUGGAUGACCUGAAGAUCGAGAUAGGAUCCCCUAAGCAGGUUGUUUCUCCUGUGUCAGUCGUGCAGAAUGAUCAAGAGGACACUAACGAGGACAAGCUACCAAUUGGCAGCGAAUACGUGGAACGUUUGGAAAGGCAGCUACAAAACAUUCCACAGAAGACUCAGGAUCUUUGCUUGGAUAUAUUGAAUAAGCAAACCGAGCUGGUGGCUUUUGUGACCGCACAUUUAAAGCCCGACACCGAUGAAUCUGAGGGUGAUAAUAUAAACGUGGAGCUGACUACGCAGCUGGAAAUGCAGCAGAGGGACUACGAAAAACUGCAGUUGUGCUUGGAGGAGGCAGCGGUGGCAGAAGCGAAGACGAUCGCAGAAAUCGUAAUGGAUGCUCGCGAUAUGAUAGAAAAGUACGAGGCCAACCGAACGAAGCAGAAAGAACUGAAGAAGGUGGAGGAUCAAAAGAAGCUGCAGUCUCAGCUGACCAGUACGGUGGAGGAGCUGCAAAUGGAGAAAGAAAAGAACAAUCAAGUCAAGGAACGUUUGCGACAGGCGGAGUCACAGCUGCAGAAAGCCAGGGCGAAGAUACGCGAGCUGGAAGCACACGCGGUGAACGACGAAGGAAAGAUUCAGGUACUUCAGACAAACCUGAAGAAUUUGGACACGCAGAUGAAGCAGAAGGAUCAGGCGAUGGAGUCAAAGAUGAAAGAUAUGCAGAAGACGUUGAAGAGCAGCGAGGCCUUGAUCAUCAAGGUCGAGAAGCAACGAGACAGCUUCGAGACACGACUGUUCGAACUAAAAGAGAAAAUGAGUUCAAAGGAGAACGAUACUAUGAGCACGAUCAAAGAACUGUCGGAGAAGCUGGACGCUGUUACCUGCGAACUUGGCAUGGAGAGAGAGAAGAAACAGCAAAUCGAGGAAGCCUUCGUUGAGCUGGAAGAGCGGUACAGACAACUCGAAGAAAAAUGCAACCAAGUUUGCGAACUCGCAGAGAAGAACAAAGAUUUUACGAUUACUGAGGGCAAUCACUCGGAGAACGAAGUUCGAUUGUUUAAUGAGCUGCAGGAGGCAAAAAUUCAGUUGGAGACGCAGAAGCAGAUGACGAUGCAGCUGCAGCAGGAAAAGGAAGAGAUCGUAGCAGUGAUGCAUCAAGCGGCCAACCAUGACUCGGAGCAAGACUCGAGGGAGAAACUGGCUGCCAAAUUGGUAUUGAAGACGAACGAGAUGAAGAACCUGGUGAAACAGUACUUAGAUUUAAAGAAGAUCGCAAAAAACGCCCAAGAAAAAAGUGGGACGUUAGAAAAGCAAUUGGCGGAGAUUCAGGCGAGGGUGCAAUCGCAGACGAAAGAGGGUGGGAAAGCUGGGCUAAGCGCUCAGGCAAUCGAGCUUCUGCAAGAGGUUUCCGAUCUUCGAAAUAAUUUGGCGGAAGUAAUUCAGCAAAAGGAAGAGCUGGAGGAUGCGCUCACCAAGAAGCAAUUGGAGCUGGAGCAGCGUGACCAUGUGAUGCGUGAACAGAGCAAGUUUCUUAAGGUACGGGACGAGCUGUUGGACAUCUUGAAAGGCAAGACUGAACAACAGAAUGGGGAGCUGUCGAACAGCGACGAGAACAACGAGUACAUUGAUCAGGUAUAUAAACAGAUAGCACUAAAGACAGAGGCAAUUCAAGAAUUGUAUGCCACUCUGAAGAGCAAGCAGAUGCAGAUAAUGCGAUUGGAGAAGAUGGUGAAGUUGAUGGAGGACCAGCAGGACCGUGCCCAGGCUCAACGCACGCGUUUGGAGAACCGCAUUGCUCAGCUGGAGGUUGCCCUGCAGAGAAACAAGGAACAGCGGUAUGUCAGGGUUACUCUGCAACAGACUUCCUCCAACGAGGAAUCAUUGUACAUAUGUGAGCGUUGUCGCAACGAAAUUAUAUCUUCAAAUAAAGAUACUGAACAGUGGUCGAAGGAAGACAGAUCCAAUGAUGAUGUUCAUGAACCUUUACAUAAGAGGUUCAUAGACGGAUCCACUCUAGGGAAAACGAAAUAUUUCAUUAAUACACCUAAUUUCCAUGAUAACGUUUAUCAUGACCCACCUACAAUCAUUCGAGGUAGAAGAUUCACCUCUGCGAGGAGCAACCCCUAUGGAGAAUUUGCUAAUGUGCAUAAUAGUAGCAGGGAGUUGCAUGAAAAUUUCCUAGGAGAAGGCCAUCAACAUCUGCACGCUCUUCGUUAUCAUGUUCGUCUAUUGCCGAUGAAUAGGUUUCCCCCUCACAAAGAGGAACUGUAA